GCUAGCUUUACCCACAACAAAAUCUAGCGCUGUAAAUCAAACACAGCCCUGUUCCUCUCUAUAAAGUUAGUUUUCUGACGAUAUAUGAUGGCGAGAUGACUUCAGCCAUCCUCUCAGCGAUACAUGUUCUGACGAAACCUCUCAGCGAGGCGUCUGUUCGUGAUGCUCAGUCCUCACAGCAGGAGGCUCUCCUGGCAGCGCUGCGGGCCAACAGAGCUCUCCUCCUGGAGCAGCUCCAGAGUCAGAGCGGCUUUGAAGACGUGAGGAGGCUGAGGGAGGAGGUGAUGGUGGCGGCAGACUGGUUCUCCAGCGACACAGAAGACACCACAUGGGCAUUCGUCCAGGAGUGUCUCCUGCUCCUUCUCACUUUAGCACGACACCUGUCUGCUGAACUCGAACUUUUCAAGCAGACCCCCGCUCCAUCCGCAGCUAAGCAGCGCACCCCUGAGAUGGCUCCACCUUUACCUCCUGACGUCCUCAGUGUCACCCAGCAGAAGACGGUUGGAGCAGCUCUUCAGUUUGUGGUUUCUCUGGGGCUCUGCCCGUACUUGGCCCCCGGAGUGGGUGUGUCACUGGGUCGCAGGUCAGUGUUUGGAGCCAUGGUGGAAAAACUUGUCUGCAGCGGGGCCGCGCCAGCAGCGGGACGCCGCCUUCUUACCACUACGAAUGUGCUGUUGCAGUUGGCAGAGCUGUCAUCUCUCGCCACAUUGCUGUUCACACGGCAUCUGGGGGACGUGAUGGCAGCGCUGUGCCAGCUCGGCUACCAGCCACACCGGGCAGAGAGAGGCAGCGCAGAGGUGGAGAAGGAGCUCACUGCUGAUGAGUGUCGAACCUGCAAAGAGGCCCUGAAAAGUCUUCUAGGAAAAGUCUACCAGCCAAUUGUUAUCAAGGAGCUGUUGAUCCUCCAAGGUGGACCCAAACAGUCCGGUGCAGCAGGAAGCUCCAACAGCAAGACAGCUCUGGGAUCAGCUCCCGCCUGGCUGAGGCGUCUGUGUGGUCAGCUGCUGUCCGAGCGCCUGAUGCAGCCGAACGGUGUCCAGGCGGUAGUCAGAGCCAUCCUGGAGGGAGGAACGGGGGGCGAGGCAGACUGGAGGAAAUGUGACGGUGUUGCCCGGAUCCUGGUGACCUGCCCUCAACAGUCUGCCUCAGCAGACAACUACUACAGACAAGUCUGUCAUCAGAUUGUUGAUCUCCUGCACUUCAAAGACAAGCUGACAGCCCAACAGUUUCAGCGUGUGGCGACGAGAGCGUUUCUCUUCAUGGUGCAGGAGAAGCCCGGCGUUUCCCAGCAGUACCUGCUCACUCCUCUGCUCGCACCUCUCCACCGCUGCACCACUGCCUCCAACGAGGGUCCUUCUCAAGUUGCUGUAGAAGAGUGGGAGCUGACACGUUGUAUUACAGAUGUGUACAAGAUCUGGGUGGUUGGAAACAGUCCGUCGGCUUCUCUCCUGAAAGCUCUGGAACAAGUUCUUCCUGUUAUCUUCACCCUCUUCUGUUUCACCAAGCAGAACGUCUCCCAUUUACGCGCCCCCUGUCAGGAGAUUUUGCUGUGGUACCUGAGCCACCCUGAGCCAGCUGCAGCCUUAUCAGCACUGAGGCAGCUCUCAGGUCUGCAGGGACAGAAGAACGAGGUGGCGGCAGACUUCCACUUCACCCCGGGCAGUGAUGGAGGAGCCAGACUCAGCUCCAGAGAGAGCUGCAGUGAUGAAGAGGAUGCUCUGUAUGAGAAGCUGUCAGGGGAGCAGUGGAGGCUCGACUGUCUGAUGCAGCUGCUGGCUGAACUCAAAGACUCUGACCUGCCUGGAGACUUCUUCCUGGACCUCCUGCAGGAGCUGGCCAGCUGGGCAGCUGAGGAAGCAGAAGAAGAAAAGAAAGAUGAAGAGGAGCUGGACGUGUCGGCCAUGACGCUCCUGGAGGUGGAGCAGCAGCUGCUGGAUCCAGCUGCGAGGAGAGGCCAGACACUCGCUCUGCUUCAGGUGUUGGCUGUGAUGGUGGAGACGCUGCAGCACACUGUGCUGCUGAGAAAAAUCUCACAGGUGGUGGACUUCAUGGUGGCUCUGCUUCAGAGGGCCUGUGUGGGUCUGGAUCAGGCCCCUGCUCCAAACCUGGAGAACCCAGUAGAGAGCCAGACUCUGAGCAUGGGCAUGGGCUUAGUGGCCACUCUGCUUUCUGGACCAGAGCUUAGUGCCGAAGACUACUCCUCUAUGUCGAGACUUCUCCCGCUGCUGGAGACGCUGUCUUUGACUCACCCGGUGUUCAUCCAGGAGCUGGCAUCAAACCUCAGAGCUGUCAUCGCCACUCACGGCGCCUACCGGCCUGAAAACAUCCCAGCUGCUGCUCAGCCCUCCAGAAAGCCUGAAACAACCCAGAACAACAGCGUGCCUUUUAGGAAAAAACAAAAGUUUCAAACUGAAGCAAACGACUCACAGACUCGUCCUCAUUCAUCUCCUCUGGACAGUAACUCACCCAGCAACACCAACGUCAGACAGCCAGCGUCCUCUGGAGGCUCGACAGCAGGAACUAGUCCAAAAGACAAAGGGAGGACUUCUGGCACCAGCAACCUUUGCCCUCCCACCAAGCCCUUUUCUGAUUGGCUGCUGGAGGCGUGUGACCCGGACGUGCCAACCCGAGCGGUCGCCCUGCGGGUGCUGACCCAGAUGAUGCAGAAAAGAGACCCAGAGGCUGUUCAGGCCCAGGAGAAAGUCCUCGUGAUAACCUUCAACCCCCUACCGUUACACAGCACAGACCCCUGUAUUGAUUUCCGCCCUUUCAUGUCACGCUCUUUCUUAGAAAACCUGGAGCACGAAGACUCAUUUGUCUACCUGUCAGCCAUUCAAGGUUUGGCUGCCUUGGCUGAUUCAUACCCCGAGAGGAUUCUGGAAAGGCUCCUGAAAGACUUCCAACAUGGUCCGUCCCUCCCCACAUCCAAGAAGGAGCACUCCCUGGAAACCCGCCUCAAAGUGGGAGAAGUGCUGAUGAGGGCGAGCAGGGCGAUGGGUGAACUGGCGCCACACCUUGGCCGUCCUCUGCUCGGCGUCUUCCUGCAGGGAACCAGAGACCCAGACCAAAGCGUCCGGGCCAGCAGUCUGUCCAACCUGGGGGAGCUCUGUCAGAGGCUGGACUACGCUUUAGGAGCGCUGGCUCAAGAGCUCAGCUCCUGUCUGACUGCGCUGAUAAAGACAGAGAAGGAGGCAGAGGUCAGGAGAGCUGCUGUCCAUGUUAUCACCCUGCUGCUCCGAGGCCUCAGCGACAAAACCACACAGGUUCUCAGUGACGUGUUGUUGGACCUGUACCGGGCUCUGAAGUGGGUGGUUCGCUCAGACCCGGAUGACGUCGCGGUGCUCCACGCCCAGCUGGCUCUGGAGGAGCUCGAUGACGUAAUGAAGAGGUUCAUCUUCCCUGAGCAGAAACUGGAGAAGAAGAUCGUUGUCCUGCCGUAGAACUCAAAUGUUAUUCCUUUGGCGUCUUCAUAGCCCCUUCAUACGUUGGACUUUAUUUUUUUAUGCUCUGCUUAAAGGUGUUUUUGCCACUGAAAGGCUCAGAUUGAUAUUCUAAGUGUGUAAAAACAUCAUGGAGACGGACAGAGAGAGAUCUUUUUGUGAAAGACUAAAAGCAUUUAAAAAAAAACAUAAUCAGCCUCAACACUGGUGUCACGAAACCCACCAGACUCUAAAAAAUAAACAGUAUUUUUACCAUCGUAA